CAGGACUCGUGUUUUUCAGAUUCAAGAAGAUGAAUUCAGAAUAUAAAGUAAUGAUUUCAGAAGACAUGUACAGACGGGCGUACGCCGUUAAGGCUGAGCUCAGUAAUCUAAUGCAUGAGAAGUUCGGCUGUGUGAUUGAACUGAAAGGACCAACUCUCUGGGCCGCUUCGUCUCAGUCUGAGCCUCCGUCUGUGUUUUAUCAGAAGAAAAAUGGUGACAUUACAGUCAGCGUCUGGAAGGACGAUAUGACGCAGCAGGUUGUCGAUGCUGUGGUCAAUGCAGCCAAUGAGAGGUUGGAGCAUGCAGGGGGAAUUGCUUUGGCAUUGGCAAGAGCUGGGGGGCCGAGAGUGAAAUCGGAGAGCAGAAGUUUUAUUGAAAAAUAUGGACUAGUAAAAACGGGUUCUGUGGUCGUGACGUCUGGUGGGAAACUUCCCUGUAAACACAUAAUCCAUGCGGUGGGACCCAUGUGGUCUGAAAGGAAUAGAUCUCAGUGUCAAACUGAGCUCAAAGAAGUCAUUAGGAAUGUCUUAUGUCAUAUCCUCAGAGACCCGAACAUCAGAUCCGUGUCCAUUCCCGCUGUGAGCUCAGGGAUCUUCGGCUUCCCUCUGGAUAACUGUGCAGAGAUUAUUGUAAGAACCGUGCAGGAAUUCUGUCAAUGGGACAAAUGCGAUCAUGUAAGAGAGAUACGAUUUGUGAACCACGAUGAUAAAACUGUCUCCGCCAUGCGGCGCGCCUGUGAGAAAGUGUUGGGGCCAAGCGAAACUCUCAAAGGAAACUAUGCUGCAGCUUUGGACCGCCACGGGCCACAUUCUAGCCACCAGGGGCCAUAUUCUGCCCAGCAAGGGUCCUAUUCUACCCGCCAAGAGACACAUUCUAGCCGCCAGGGGCCACAUUCUACCCACCAUGGACCACCAGCUGUAGCAUCCUUUAGUAUAAAUGGGUUGAACCUGUAUCUUUCAACAGGAUGCAUUGAGGAUCAGACAACUACAAUCAUUGUAAACUCGAUCUCUGAAAGUCUGGAUCUUUCUUUGGGACAGUUAUCUAAAGCAAUAUUGAACAAGGCUGGUUAUGAAAUGCAGAAACACAUUAAUCAAUUUAAAUCUAAGCAAAAUCACUCUGUGAUCACUACAUCUGGCUAUAGAUUGCUGAGUAGCUAUGUGUACCAUGUCAUCCUACGAAGCUAUGAUAUAUACUACUCAAAGCAGGUAAGUUACUUGUUUUUUUUUAUUUCAUAUACACUCCCCGUACUCCCUGUAUACGCUGACUGUACUCCCUGUAUACACUCCCCGGACUCCCUGUAUACACUCCCAGGACUCCCUGUAUACACUCCCAGGACUCCCUGUAUACACUCCCAGGACUCCCUGUAUACACUCCCAGAACUCCCUGUAUACACUCCCAGGACUCCCUGUGUACACUCCCAGGACUCCCUGUGUACACUCCCAGGACUCCCUGUGUACACUCCAUGUACUCCCUGUAUAUGCUCUCCGUACUCGUAUAUGCUCCAUGCCAUGACUGAAAUGACUGAAGUGAUUUAUAAAUGUUUGUUCAUGGCACAAUCUGACAAUCACCCGUCCAUCUCAUUCCCCUGCCUGGGAAUCGGGGCCCUGGGAUUUCCCAAAGAGACUGUGGCUGAAACCAUGACAAAAACCAUUGUCAACUUCGCACGGGAAGCUGAACGCCGACUGGACGUCUGUAUUGUCAUUCACCCCAGUGACAUUUCUAUUUUAAAGAUUUUCGAGAAUCAAUUUAAACGCCUUCAAGUCUCAUUGACCAGGAAGAGCCCGAUGCUCACAGGAGACCAGACAGCAGGGUCUGGAAUGACAGCAGAAGAAACAUGUUUUGUUAUCACUGGACUCAGUCAUGAGGACGUUAAAGAUGCAAAGUUUUGGCUUAUGAACACGAUGCAGGACUCCGAGGCCGUAUGGAUUAAAGAUAACCAUUUACUGCUCUGUGGGAAGCGGGAGCACGAUAUGUUUAGUGAGCUGUCUGGAGUUGAGAUCACUGAGAACCUGCAGGAUGAAACGGCCUCGCUGAAGAUUAGUGGACGCUCGGAGGAGACAAUAAGGGCAGCGGUUCUGGUGGAACGGACUCUAAUAAAGGUUCAGGAGGAAUGUGCUCUAAGGAUGGAAGAGGAGCUUUUCCAGAGCGCAGUGCAGUGGUUCUUCAAGAAGAGGAAUCAGAAAUACCCAUACCCAGCGAGAGCCAACGUACAAAUCGAGAAAGCGUUUCUGUCUAAAAGGGGCCAGCUUGAAGUUCAGGAACCCUUACAUCAGGUGGAUCUACAAUCUAUGUCAGCAGCAUCUUCAGAGGACAUGUUUCAACUCCACAGAGAGAACUUUUUUACACGUGAUUACUUGAAGGAUGUUGGGAGCUCCCACAAUGCACUGUUUCUGGUUACCGAUGUGAUCCAAGAAAGCCAGGAAUUUAUCGACAGGAAGAGAGAGUUUGACAAAGCGAACCUCACUAUUGUCCAGAUGGAAAAAAUACAGAAUAAAUUCUUGGCAGCGAUUUACCAAUCUAAAAAGGCUGUGGUGCAGGCAAAGGGGGCAUCACAGCCCCUUCACAGACUGUACCAGCGAGUCCCGGGCAAAUACCGCAAGCUGAUCUGUCGUACUGGCUUCCACAGACUGUAUUCAUCUGGAGAGGAUUGCAACUACGGAGCAGGGAUUUAUUUCAAGAAAAACCUUACAGACAUAACGAAAGGAAAACCCAAACCCCGAGAGGCCGACCGUCUGGUGUAUAUUUUCCAGGCAGAAGUCGUGACGGGCAGAUUUACCAUGGGUAACCGGUCUUACAUCCUGCCUCCACCUGUGGGUUCGGAUGAUCUCGAAUUGUACGACAGCGUGGUGAAUUCAGUAUCCAAUCCUGAAACCUUCGUCAUUUUCGACAGUCACUGUGCCCUGCCACAGUAUCUGUUUACCUGUAAAUGGAAAAACCCUCAGGGUUCAUAACCUCUCGGACCAUCCUCGCUGGAGAGCCCAAAUUAAAUGACGCUUUACAAGGUUGGAGAAAAUUAAAGAAAGGAAAAAAAAAAAGUAACCACAAAACAUGCAAGCUGACGCACGGCUGUGUUCUCUAUGCAAAGUGUAGCCGCUUCUCAUAACCGUUGUCUCAUGGCUACUUAUCUGGUGAAUCGUCCUUGUCAGGUAACGCGAUGGAUAUAUAGGUGUCUGAUCGUUCCUCUGUUUUGGACAGACAGCUGCAGUGUGCCUUUUCAGGAUAUAUCUUAUUAAAUUGAAUCAUUCAUUUGUGGACUUCGAGAUAGCAGCGUGGGGAAUUUGGGCAUCUGGCUCCCAUCAUGGCGGACUAAGGAGCAUCAUAGUAUUGGGGCAAGGUGGAGGAAUUAGGAGACAGUUCUCAUUCAGCGUAUAAUUUUCUCCAGCACACACUGACCUUACAGACAGCACUGCAAGAGUUAGCUAAUAUACCUAGUUUGCAUGGC